AUGGCGACGAACGGCCGUCACAACACGUCUGGUCGCCUGUUCGUCGUAGAUCGUCGGUCGAAGAUGCAAUUUCUAAUCGAUACAGGAAGCGAUGUUUGUGUCUUCCCACGACGAGCACUGCAUGAGCGUCGUCCUAAAUCAGAUUUCCAACUUUCUGCUGCUAACGGUACUACGAUCAGCACAUUUGGAUGUACUCACCUGGAUUUGGAUCUUGGUUUGCGCCGUGAUUUCCCAUGGCGUUUCAUUGUUGGUGACGUCACUAAGGCGAUUAUAGGAGCUGAUUUUCUAAAGUUCUAUGGUCUUCUAGUAGACUUACGUAACCAACGAUUGUUAGACAACACGACGACACUGUCCGUCGUUUGCUCUCCUGCACACUCGUCGACUGCAAUUUCUUCUAUCAAGAUACCAAUCGGCGAGUCUCGCUACGACCAAAUCCUGAAGGAAUUUCCUGAAAUUACAAAUCCAUCCAGAAAACAAGCUGAUAUCAAACACAAUACCGUUACUUCAUCAGGACUACGCCCGGACCUCCAAUUUAUUGUACUCCACGCCGUCUAG